CAGGUGGAGGGACGGGCGGGACUCAGCCUCUCGCCCGCCUGGGGAGAUGGAAUGGCUGAGCCAGCGCUGCCAGGCACCGUCCGCUGCCCAGGGCUGCCCUCGGCCGGGCCGUGGCACCUUGCUGCUGGUGGUGAUUCUGUCCCUGCUGAUGUACCCAGUGCUGAAGAGUCUCGCUCUGCAGCUACACUCCGCCGUCACCGGCAGCUACAUCUCUGGGACCCAGUCCAUCGCCUUCAUCAACUGCCUCAACGAGCAGAUUGCCAAGGACAUUGCAAGGGCCAUCAUGGAGAAGAAGCUGGCUGCAUGUGUCAACAUCCUGCCAAAGAGCUCAGCCUUGUAUUUCUGGAAAGGGGAACUGGAAGAGUCCACUGAAAUACUGCUGUUAGUGAAAACAAGGACAUCCAAAAUUGGUGAACUGUCCAACUAUGUCAGAUCCAUCCAUCCCUUUGAAACCCCUGAAAUCAUCAGCCUGCCUAUUGACCAAGGAAACCCUUUCUACCUCAAAUGGAUAGAGGAAAGUGUCCCACGGGACUGAGGGAAAACGCACAGAAAGCUUCUCGCUGCUGGGCACAGCAGGUGCUGAGCCACCCUGGGGUCCCUGUGCAGGCAGGAGGUAGGCACACGAGGGGAGGCAGCUUGUGUCUUCAUGGAUUUGCUGUAACAGCAGCUUGGCAGCUUUUAAUUGCAACCAAAACAUCCCCUCCUCGGCUCGAUCCUGUGCUCCAGAGAGCACCGAGCAGCACAGAGGCGCUGGAGGCUGAAGGGGGAAAGAGCUACGUGCACCUAGGGCUGUGGCAGCGUUGUGGAUGGAGGUACACAGAGAUUCUUGUCUCAGGACACUGCAGCAUUUCGGGGCUGUCUCAGGCCACCAGCAGCAAGUGCCAGCUGGUAGCCAUGGCCUGGCAGCCCCUGGCAAUCCCUCCAGCACUGUGCAUGCCUGCAGCCAACACCCAAAGCCCUGCCUGGCCCCCAGCUCCCUCGCAGCAGCUGUCACAGCAUCCUGCUCUGCUUCGCCUCCUACUUCCCCUGCCCGGAGGCUGCAGGAUGUGGCUGGGCACCCUGCGAUGCGCCAGCUCACGCCCUCUCCUGCUGUCAUGCAGCGUGCUGCUCCAAGCCUUAGGAACCCCAGGGAAACAGCAAAGUGGAGCAGACAGCACAAGCAUUUACCAGGAACUGCAAGCAGCACAUGACCCUUCCCUGCCUGCCCAGCCAGGCUGAGAUGGGCAACAUCUUGUGCCAGUUCAGGGAAACCAAGUGCCAGUGGAGCAGGACAUCACUCAGCUGCAGGGCACUGCCUAGCUCUGCAUCCCCUACCCACACCUGAGCCAUGGCUUAACCCUGUAAAAAGAUGCUCCUGUUAGUAGUCUAAUGGGAUGUAACUUAUGGAUCAAUAUGGAGCUAUUUAUGUGACUGGGCAGGGAAUAAACAGGAGUGUUUCUUA